AUGCGUGACGCGAGUGCCUCAGGGCCGAGUCGCAGGGGCGGCGGCGGCGGCGGCGGCGGGAGGGGCGGGCGCGGAUCGAGACAAGCAUCUUCGGUGAAUAUUGAUAGCCCGUACCUAGAAAAGGGGGCAAAUCCAUCCAGUAUGCUGACUCGAACUGAGCAGAUGAUGGUCGACAAUGAGCGGGCCAACGGCGGUGGUCCCCGAGCUAGAGAUCGUGCCAACCCCAUGGGUGGUCGUCCGUCGAGAGGCAGGUCAAAUGCCACGAGCGAUGUAAACGUGAGAGGUCAGGCGUUUGGAAUUCGCGGCGCAGCUGUCAGAGGGAAAGGCAAUCCUCCUCCCGUGGCAGAACUGAUCUCGGGAGGAAAGGGCAAGGGGAGAGUUCCGGGGGGUGGGGUAGGAGGGGCAGGAGGAGCCAUCGGCGCAGCGCCGUCCCAGCAGACGACCGGACGGACAAUCGCUCUCAUGAAACGGUUCUUGCAGUCGCGUUGGGAUCCAGCUGCGCUCUUUCUCAACCUCGAGAACAUGGCAACAGACCCAAUCCUGGCCGAGGAGGGCUUGAAGCCCCCAGGUACCCCCGGGGCACACAAAGAUAUCAACCGCGCUCUCUUUAAGCUCUGCAAGGAGUUGUUCCCAAAUGUGACAACUGUGUCGUUGGCGAAGAAUGACUUCAAAACUUUGAUUCCAAUCGCGACGAUGCCCGAGUUCCUGCCUGACAUCAAGAAUUUGUCACUCGAAUCCAAUGACAUCAAGUGGACCCGGGAUCUGGCUUUCCACGUCGGCAAAUUCAGGUCGGCAAACACUCGUUUCAACCAACUUAAUGAGCUGGUCUUGAACGGCAAUCCGGUCCACGACAAUGCUGUCGCCGCUGGAAACGAGGAAGGUUAUCGGGCCGAGGUUCUUGCUCGCUUCCCUCAGCUGCGCAUGCUAGACAAGAAGCCCGUGUCGGAGCAGGAACACAACUUCGCUAGCUUGCCGGGAAAGGGACAAGGAAAGGAAAAAGGAGGCGCCAGUAGCGGAGCCGCAAGUGCAAAGGUCGAAGUCAGGGACUUCCCGGUGGCCAUCCGACCAGGAUUCGCAAUGGACGAGGCUGUCAAUGGUGUCAUUGCCGCAUUUCUCUCGAAGUAUUUUGAGUUCUUCGACCGAAAUAGAGAUUCGCUUCGGGCUGCCUAUUCCGCCAAUGCGACCUUCUCUCUCGUCAUUGUUCGAAGUGUGCCCCCUCGAGCAAAGCACGCUGGCUACAUCCAUACGAUGCCCCGCCAGCGAGACCUCAAUUGGCGCAACUACAAAGACGUGACCGACCACAACAUCAUGCAGCUGGGCACUCGCUCUGCUUCCAAAGGCUUUCCUCGAGGACCUGGAGCGAUCCUGGCGACCUUCAAUAAAUUUCCAAAGACGACCCACCCGCUGACGGACCCUUCCAAGUUCGUCGUCGAUGGCUGGAUUGUUCCCAACGCUGCCGUCAAUGCGACCCUGUCAAUGGUCUCGCCUAACGACCGAUCGUCUGGCGCUGCUCAGGUCGAGAAACCACAGGACAUCCUCUUCAUCUCUGUUCAUGGCGAAUUCGCCGAAGCGCCGAGCCAGGGCGUGCGAUCUUUUGACCGGACUUUUGUCGUAGCUCCAGCGCCACCUGGCUCCAUGGCCGCCAAUCUGGGCUGGCCGUGCGUGAUCAUCACGGAUCAAUUGACCAUCCGAAACUACGCCGGCAAGGAUGCCUGGUCGCCUCAAGCUCAGCAAUGCACACCUGCAGGUGCACCUGCACAGCAAGGGGUCCCGGCAGCAACGUCUCAACCAGCGCAGCAAGGCCAAGCGCCAGCACCUGGACUUGCUCCUGAGCAGCACUCUUUGGCCGUGGAGCUGGCAGCUAGGACCAAGCUCAAGUAUAGCUUUGCGGUCCAGUGCCUCGCCGACAACCAGUGGAAUCCCCAAUUGGCAAUGCAGCGCUUCGAAGAACUCCGCGCCUCGAUACCCGCAGAGGCCUUUGAUCCUUGAUCUUCGAUCGUCUGGGCCUUGAAACCCUAAACCACCCCUCCUGCUCCUCCUCUUUCAGAACUAUCUCCACAUCAAUGUAACAACAAAUCCACCGUCUCUGUCUCUCGCCUCUCUAGGUUGCACAUAGAAAUCUAAAUGACUGCGCCUUUUAGCUCCC